AUGAGAUUCAAUUAUACUUUAUUCCCAUUAUUCUUCAUUACAAGUGCCUUAGCAGUUAAUAAUGUUGAAUAUGCAACAAUUUUAUUAAAUGAUGUUCAAAAUAAUAUGAAUGAUUAUGGAUAUUUAUUUAAAGCAGAAUCAAUAAAUUUACCAACUGAAUUAUUUAAUUAUUAUAAAGAAAUUAUAACUUAUACAGAUGAUUCAUUUACUUCAGUUUUAACAGAUUUCCCAGUAAAUAAAGUUCAAAGUGUUGUUACAGAAUUUCCAUGGUAUUCAUCAAGAUUAGAAUCAAGAUUAAAAGCAGCAAUAACUCAUGAUUCUGAUUUAACAACAAGUCAAAUUAUAACAAGUUUUUCAAAUUCUACAAGUUAUAAUAUUUCAACAAGUUUUAAUUAUUCAUCAAUCAUUUCUAAAAAUUCAUCAAUUGAUACAUUAACACCAAUUGAACCAACAAGAUCACAUAUUUCAACUCAAAUUCAAAUUAAUUCAACAAGUGGUAAUAUCUCAAGUUAUUCAGGUGAAUCAAAUCAAUUGAAUCAAUUUUUACCAUUAAUUUUAAUUCCAUUAUUAUCAUUAUUAAUAUAA